AUGCGUCCAACGCAUGCAAGAACAAAGGACAUCUACCAGGGAACGAACACCCGACACGACGCUGGAGCAGAUGCUGUGAAAUAUAGCUUGAAAAGUAUGUUGGAAUUUAUAUCAAACAUGUUUCGGAACACUUCAACACUAUGCCUUGACCAAAACACUCACCCCGUUCCAUGCUGCGCCGUCGGCUUCCCUCCGAGAUCAUUUCCAACCUUUCCAAGGCUUGCACAUAUGAUAUCGACGAUACGUCCCGAUAUUGAUCACACCGACGAGUACGUAUGCAACACGACUGCUCGCGCAUUCUCCGUUGUCGCUUCCGCCUUGGGCAUUCCAUCCCUCCUUCCUUUCCUCAAAGCUGUCUGCCGAUCUAAAAAGUCAUGGCAAGCUAGGCACACUGGUAUUCGAAUUGUUCAACAAAUUGCGAUUAUGAUGCGGUGUUACACCAUCUUCGGAAAUUGGUAG